AUGGGCGUCGAAAAGAAGACUCUGGUCGAGGGCAACGGUGUUGACUACCCUAAGAAGGGCGAGCACGUUGCCAUCCACUACACCGGCUGCUUGUAUGACCCCGAGAAGGCCGAUAACCACUUCAUGGGCAGCCUCUUCGAUACCUCCCACAAGCCCGGCCGUGGGCCCCUUGCCACCCCCAUCGGUGUCGGCCGUCUCAUCCGCGGCUGGGACGAGGGUGUUCCCCAGAUGUCCCUCGGCGAGAAGGCCAUCCUGACCAUCAGCCCUGACUUCGGCUAUGGCGACCGUGGCUUCCCUGGCCUGAUCCCCGCCAACUCUAAGCUUGUCUUCGAGGUUGAGCUCCUCAAGGUCGGCACUAAGAGUGUUUAA